AUGGUUUCCUCCAGCAAAGUCAUCGUCCAGGCCGUUGCCCUCGUCGUCUUGGUCCAAUACUGCCCAGCACCUUUCCUCGCUGCCAUUCCUGCUGCUGUCGCAGCUGGUAUUGGCGCUGCUUCUGCAGCUGUCAGUGCCGCUGCCGCGGUCGCUGGUGUCGUGGUUGAUGCAGUCAAGAACCGUGAUCUUGAGGAAGUCAAUGCUCCUCGCACUUUCAUCAGCCGCGUCAAGCGUGCUCCUCAAGGUUUCGACAUCUCCACCAUCGGUUUCGGUACCGCUUUCGAGGACUGCAAGACCCAGCUCAAUGGCGCCUCGGUCACUUUCUCUGGUCCAGCACCAGGAACUGUUCUCGUAGUUGGUAUUCCUCCAGCUUGCAUGACCCUCUCCGGUGUCCUCGCCGGUGGUGACUUCAACGAGGGAAAGCCAGUCCCAAUGGGCGUUGACUCUCUUCAAUUCACCGACCUCUCCAACGAAUCCAUCUUGGAGAUUCAAGCCGCUCUCGAUGCUCACCCAGCCAAGAAGAACUAA